AUGGGCACUGGAUUAAUUUGGAUACCUACGAAUCCUCGAGGAGCUGAAAGGUUACCCCCUAGAAUUAUCGAAUCUCAAUCAGAUUUGUAUCUUCGUCGGUUAUGGGGUCUACCACAUCAUGACCUAAGCAUAGAACCAAAGUAUCUCGUAAGUUUUACCGUUGGUUAUGAUCAGAGAAACAACAUCCAUGAUUCAAUAAAAAAGUUCUCUGAAAACUUCACUAUUGUGUUAUUCCACUAUGAUGAUCGUAUUAGUGAGUGGAAUCAGUUUGAGUGGUCAAAGAGAGCAAUCCAUAUCAGUGCUAGCAAGCAAACUAAAUGGUGGUAUGCUAAACGGUUUCUACAUCCUGACAUUGUGGCCUCCUAUGAUUAUAUCUUUAUUUGGGACGAAGAUCUAGGGUUGGAGCAUUUCGAUGCAGAAGAGUAUUUAAAAAUGGUAAAGAAACAUGGUUUGGAGAUCUCACAGCCUGCUGUAGACCAAAGUAGUAGUUAUACAUGGCAAAUGACAAAAAAAAGGGAUAAUGUAGAAGUCCAUAAAGAAGCUGAGGAGAAAGAUGGUUGGUGUUCUAGUCCACCUGCGCCACCUUGUGCUGCAUUUGUCGAGAUCAUGGCUCCUGUAUUUUCUAGAGAUGCAUGGCGUUGUGUAUGGCAUAUGAUACAGAAUGACCUAGUUCAUGGAUGGGGUCUUGAUUUCGCUCUCAGAAAAUGUGUGGAGUCUGCUCAUGAUAAAAUAGGAGUUGUUGAUAGUCAAUGGAUUAUCCACAAAAGUAUUCCUUCCCUUAACAAACAAGGGCAAGCAGAUAGUGGAAGAGAACCGUGGGAAGGGGUGAGAGAAAGGUGUCAUGAAGAAUGGGAAAUGUUCAAAAGCCGUAUGGCUUAUGCAGAAAAUAAAAUGAAAUUGGAUAUAUAG